AUGAUCACGACCCGUGUCAAAGUGUUAUGCGAGCGCAUCAUGAGCCGCGGUUACGAACCACGCGUGGCGCGUCUUAUGGAGAACGUUAAAGACACAGUACGUGCUCAGCCAGGUUUCAUCUCAAUUGACACGUAUGCGCAAGUGGAUGACCACACCAAAUACGUCGUGUUUUCCGAGUGGGAGUCCAAGGAACACUUUGACACGUGGUUGGCAAGCAAAGAGUUUCAAGAAUGCACGCAGCAGAUCAAUGAGCUUUUGGACGUCCCUGGACUGCACAUGCGCAUCUUUAAAACUCCAAAAGACGACGUCUUUCUCCUCUGA